GCCGACGUCAUGACGCGCCUGCGCCACUAGCUCUCCGCCGCUCUUGGUAAACAGAGACGUCAGCGAGAAGUUUUGCGGUGCCCAAAACAAAAGGAAAAGUGACACUCACCCGGCGGAACCGGCAGCGAAGGCUUGAUUACACAGAGACCGGCAGGAGCGGGCCUCCCUCCCACCCAACCCGGGCUCGGGCACGAUCCCACCGAGGGGCACUGUGCAAGGCUCGGCGCAGCUGGAGCCCCUACCGAGUGAUGGGGGCUGCGGGCGGUCAGGGGCCCAUCCACUCCGAGCCGGGCUGGGAUUAGGACAUUACCUGCUCAGAGGGUCUGCUUGUAGACCCCCCUCCCCUCUCCCAGGGGGACAGUGAUUGUUAAGGCCAGGGUUACUGUUAGUGUUCUGCUCGCACCCCAUAAUGGAGGGAACUGAACCCGCACCCGUGGACAUCGAUCCGGAUUUCGAGCCCCAGGCUCGGCCCAGGUCUUGCACGUGGCCCCUUCCCAGACCCGAACUGUCAGUGGUCCAGCCAGCAGCCCCCAAUGACGAAAACAGGACAGAGACCCCCGAUGCCCCUUCUCUGAUGUCUCCAGAAGGGGAGGAGAGGGCACUGUCAGAUGGGUUGACUGGCAGCGGUGGAGUGACCCCCAGGAAGGGGGGGUCUAGGAGGAACGCAUGGGGCAACCAGUCUUAUGCAGAACUUAUCAGCCAGGCCAUAGAGAGCUCCCCUGAGAAAAGACUGACCCUGUCUCAGAUCUAUGACUGGAUGGUGAAGUCCAUUCCUUACUUCAAAGACAAGGGUGACAGCAACAGCUCUGCAGGCUGGAAGGUAAUUCGGAUAGGGCUUUAAUGUAUUGGUUAUCAUGCUGGAGAAAAAAAAUCCUACCAUUGGGGCCUAUUUUCUGGGCAGCAGAAUCUAUCUACUCGCAGGACUAAAAAAAUGUAAAUUAUCGAUAAAAUUAAGCUUAUGUUUAUUGGUACAUCCAACAAAUGCACAUACACAGCAAACAUUCCUCACAUAUUGGUGGCAUUGAAAGCAGGCCAAUUCUAUCAGCGUGGUACCUCCUCUCACGACUCAGGUCAUGCUUCCAUUCCUUUGCUACUUGUCCAAGCAAAGGAUAGGGCAGCAGCACGUGGAUGCUGUGCCCUUGUGCUGUUCUGGCAUGUGCCAGUAUACCAGGUGGGCAGAGGAGGUGCUCCAAUACUACUUCUGCUGUGGGCCCCCCCUCUUGCAGAGCGCCCCCAUUCUACAGUCUGCUUCCAAGUUCAACUGCAGGCACAUGGGAAUAAUCCCCUGUUGUGAGUCACUACUAUGCAUGGCUAUGGGGGCCUCUACUUUUAGGGCCUCCGGGCACCUGCCCAACGUGCUUAUACGUUAAGAUAGCUCUGGGCAACAGUUGCUCAUCACUUAAGAGUAGAGCAAGGUUGCCUAAUACAGGGAAGUGUCUGCUUUGUGUUCUAACUGUAGCAAGUGUCUUGCCAUCUUUUCUACAUAAUGACUUUUUCACGAUAGUUUCAAAAUAAACUUUAAAUGUUAGCAAAAUUAAUUUAUGAAGUAGUAGUAGCCUGGUAGAUCACUUUUUAGUGUAAUAUAUUGAUACAACCACAUAUACUAUUGCACAGAAUUACAAUCUCCAAAGACAUUUGACAGGGAAGGGGUCAAAUGUCGGUAACAUGAUAUCUCACUAAAGUGGUCACUUUUCAGAGGGUCUCUCUCUGGCAGGAUUUAAAUAAUUGUCAAUGUCAGUGUCUGAUUGGAAAGUUGUCACAUGUUAGACAAAUACAGGGAGAGGGGUAGAGCCAAACUCUGCCUUGGCCAAUCAGCAUAUCUUCAUAGAUGCAUUGAAUCAUUGCAUCUCUCUAAGGAAAGUUCAGUGUCUCCAUGCAGAGAGUGAAGACACUGGAUGUUUAACUUUACUCACCAGAACAAAUAUAAUAAGCUAUAGUUCUUCUGGUGACUAUAGUGUCAAUAUAAAUAUUAAAAUUAUGCCUUUCUGACAGCUAAGGGUUAAGUGCCCCUGGUGGGAAAUCUGACUCGGACAGAGAACAUGGUGAAGGUGUCUUAAAUAUCAGUUGGGGCAGAAGGGUUAAAUUACAUCUUUAGUGGACCUGUCUAUGGCAGGUAACUAUUAGUAGAUUAGUUCUGACAGACUCCUGAGGGUCUGUCUCUCUAGAUCCAUUCUCUAUUAACCCCUUAAGGACCAAACGUCUGUAAUAAAAGGGAAUCAUGACAUGUCACACAUGUCAUGUGUCCUUAAGGGGUUAAGGGGACAGGGAAGCAUCUCAUAGUAGUCUGAGCAAGGAAGCAGACAUAGAUUAGUUGGUGUCAAUUCUUUAUCAUUCAUAUAUUAACAUAUGCUUUAAAAGGACUGUUGUGUUCUCACACCAACACCAGCAGAAACACAAGUUUUUGCUGUAUCCAUGCGCUGAAUCAGAAUCUUUUGCAGCAAAGCUUUGCAUAUGGAACAUACACACUACUAGGUGGCAUCCAGACCUCAAACUUGAAUACGGUGUAAUAACUUUUCAGAAUAUCAUACCAUACUAACAAUUUGUAAUUUUGUUCAAAAUUUGCAUUCUCCUAAAAUAAAUGCACUAGUGCUUCCAUUUGUUUGCUAUAUAAAACAUGUUCAUAGGUAUGGAUAUAUGUCCCACAAGAGAAGAUGGAUUAAUGUUGAUAUUAAAGGACAGUCAGGGUAUACUAUUGUAAUUGAGAAGCCAUAUUUGAAUCCUCUAACAGCAAUGAGGAAUUCCAAAUCAGCUACCCAAUUUUUAUUUUGUAAUGUGCAGCUCAUGAAUAGUUGCCUUCAAUUUAGCAGGAUAUUUUGAACAUAUAGACUAUUAAAAACAAGGGUGCCACAUGAGUGGAAUAAUUUUUAUUUUUUUGGUAUAUUGAAAGUGCUCCUGUCACUUUACUUUUUCCUAAAAGUAAGAUGUUUAUUAAAACACUGUAUUGGAAUUUAAUUGAAAUUACAAUGCAAUUAGAAGAUUUAAACUAGACAAAUUAUGGAAUUUUUGAUAAAUGUAAGUAACAAGUUGUGGCAAAGGGUGGAGCUAGAAACCACUUCUGCCAUUUCCCAUAAGGCUUUGCCUUUCUCAUUGGUAUGCACCUGACAGAUGAAGUUGCCAUAAGCGUAUUCUGGAGCAGAAGAACAACAUGGAUGGAAGCGAUGAAUGUGAAAAACAGUGGUGCUAUCCUCUUUGGUUUAUUAUUUACAAAUUCCUUAAUUAAUCAUGACAUGCUUCACAUUCAUAUUGUGUUCUCUCAUGUAACAAAGAUUUGUUCCCCCCUCACCCAUUACAAUUUUCUCUUCCUGAGCUUAAUAUACCACCCUUUGCAUUUACUUGCUUUUCAGUGGCAUAUGUAAAUACAAUUCCUAACGGAAACAUAACCAAAAUGAGCAGCUACAUUUUGUACGUAUUGACUGAAUAUUCAUUUUAUUUACAAAACUUUGUCGGUUCUUAUCUUUUUAAAAAAAAUAAAAUAAAUUUAAAAAAAACCAACCUGUAGAAUUUGCUAUUUAAAAUUAAAGAUUACAUGUAUAGGUUCUUUGUGUAUUAUUUUUUAGUGCGUAUGUUAUUUCUAUAGCUCUAACAUUCUUCAGUGCUCUACACUGAAGAGGUAAAACAGUAAUAUACAAAAAAUUAAAGUUAAAAGAACAAAGUGGUAAGGAAAAUUAGCUAUGUAUAAUACAGUAAUGAGCUAUAUGUAAAUACUUCUGUUCGGUGUAGCUGCAGACUUUCAAUUACUUUAUUUGGAUCUUUAAAUACAAUUUGAUCAGAAGUACAGUUUAUCUGACCAUAAACCCUGACAUAACCAAACUCUGGUGUGUGCUUCCAAAUCCUGUACUGCACAAAUCGCUACUCAAAAUGUGUAUGAUCUUAGCUGGUAAGAGGUACAGCCAACAUUGUCCUCUAUCAUGGAGCAUAGGUAAGCUAGGUAAUGCACAGAAAAGUGUUAAUAUUUAUAUUAAAGGGACACUAUAGUCACUGAACAACUUUAGCGUAAUGAAGCAGUUUUGGUGUAUAGAACAUGCCCCUGCAGCCUCACUGCUCAAUCCUCUGCCAUUUAGGAGUUAAAUCCCUUUGUUUCUGAACCCUAGUCACACCUCCCUGCCUGUGACUUGCACAGCCUUCCAUAAACACUUCCUGUAAAGAGAGCCCUAUGUAGGCUUUCUUUAUUGUAAGUUCUGUUUUAAUUAAGAUUUUCUUAUCCCCUGCUAUGUUAAUAGCUUGCUGGACCAUGCAAGAGCCUCCUGUUUGUGAUUAAAGUUCAAUUUAGAGAUUGAGAUCCAAUUAUUUAAGGUAAAUUACAUCUGUUUGAAAGUGAAACCAGUUUUUUUUUUUUCAUGCUGGCUCUGUCAAUCAUAGCCAGGGGAGGUGUGGCUAGGGCUGCAUAAACAGAAACAAAGUGAUUUAACUCCUAAAUGACAGUGAAUUGAGCAGUGAAAUUGCAGGGGAAUGAUCUAUACACUAAAACUGCUUUAUUUAGCUAAAGUAAUUUAGGUGACUAUAGUGUUUCUUUAAAAUAAUUCACAAGGUGGCUAUAUUACAUGUAAUCUUUAAUUCUCAGUAUAGAAAAACGAUUGUUUUAUUAAUAAAGUGUAAGAUAAUACUGAAAAUGGACAACACCUUAAGUAGCUUUCCCUAGGCUGGGUCACAGCUCAGAUAUAAUGCUGGUUUUAGCCCAUCUUGUUCCAUACUAUCUAGGCUAUUUGCAUAUCAAACUGAUCCCACUUAAUAGGGAAGUCCAGAUCUGAAAUGCUGGCCAGUGAAAUAUAGCUGAUAACCCCCAUAGGCACCGUGAGCAAGGGGUCCAUGUCUGGAUCACCCUUUAAACUCGGGCAGAGCAAAAAAAAACAAAAAACAAACAGGUUGCAAGACAAUAUUGAGAACAGACAACCGUUCAAGUAGCUUGCUCUACUGUGGGUCCUGGCUCAGAUUUCAACCUAGUUUUAACUCAUCUUGUGCCAUUACAAAGGGAAGCUAGGCAAUUGCACAUAAGACUGACCCUGCCCAAAAGCGUCGUCCAGAUCCAAAAUGUUAGUUUUACAUCAAAGAUGUCAAACUCGCAACCCACGAUGAAUUUCAUUGCGGCCCAACCAAUCUGGGGGGUUAAAAAUAAGCCAAGUGGUUAGUUUCUUCUGUUCACAAGUGGCUCCGUAAGGGAACUGCACGCACAAUACAGUGGGAGGGGGGGGCGCUGGGUGUCUCGUGACUACCUGGCGCUCAGUCUUAUGCCGUGCACUGCCGGAGCCUGAGAGCCCCCUCUUCUGCUAUGUCAGGCGAGAAACAGCAGGGAGGGGGCAUCUAUCAAUAGGGCAGGGCGCUUCCAACACCUCGGGCCGCGGCUCUGGGAGGUGUGAAUUGAAGUGUUAGGGAGGGAGAUAUGGAAUGGGUGGAGACGUGGGGGAGAGAUUUGGAAGGGAGGGAGACGUGGGGGAGAGAUUUGGAAGGGAGGAAGACAUGGAUGGAAGGGGGGUAGAAGAGAGUGGAGUGUGCUACCACACAAUACUCUGUCUGGAGAUUGCAGAGGGACUAGGGAGGGAGCGGAGCAGGCUUAGACUGCAGUUUGCAGAGGGACCGAGCGAGCGGGGUGAAUGCUUCAGACAGUGGCAUUACACACACACACCCAGGAGUACAUAUUGUUUGCGUGAGAAUGAUACAAGUAAUUUUAGUUUGUGUUGGUGUAGGUUAAACUCUUUAGACACCCAAACCACUAGAGCUUAUUGAAGUGGUUCUGGGCCAAACAGAUUGUCCCUGCAGGCUUAGCAGUGUAAACACUGGAAUUUUUAAGAAAAAGGCAGAGUUUGCACUACUGCCCCUAAUGUCACCUCUAGCAGCAGUCGCUCAGACAGCCACCAGAGGGACUUUCUAAAUGAGAUCGUGUAAAAAUUACAGGACCAAUGUUUGGUCUUGUCAUGACUAACGCUCCCCGUAGAGAUGGAUUUCUGUGCAUGCGCACUAGUCCUCAAUGCAUCCUUGUGUGGGAGCAUUGCAUUGGCUGAGAUCCAUAUUUAUGAUCUAUGGCAAUAGCAACAAGUCUGGCACGUAUGAGGUAGGUAAAACUAUAUAUUAUUUUUGCAUAAAGAGUGGGUGUUAUAACACUUAACAAAACUAAUCCUGAAAAUUGUUUAUGUUAACAUAUGCUGAUCUAUCUUGCUAAUAGUUGAUACAAUCCCACACAUGCACAGUACUGUUAUACACGUAUACAUGUAUUUAACCUCUGAGCUGAAUAUUCCUAGACAGGUAGUUCUACUUGCUGCACAUCUAAACACAGAAUGCUAUCUGUUUGUGCUCCAGGUUAUGGUGUUAACGGCUGUCCCCACAUGCCCAUCCCUCCCUCCUGUUUUGUGGUUUGUGGUAAAUCGCUUUAAACAGACUUGCAGAGUUCACCUCCGUUUUAAGUUUACCAGCUAGAGCCACAUUUGAAGAUAAGGAAAAUAAGUGUCAGUGCUACACCUGUAUCUUUAUAAAGUAACAUACCCAACUGCCUUUCUUUUCCAGUUAGUGGUCUGUCCUUUUUCAUGGCAGCCUUCUCCACUGCUUGUAAUUCAUACAUGUGUAAAAAGAAACUGCUCACAGUUUAAGAGACACGCAAAAGGUGAUAUAAGAUACAUUAAAGGGGAUAGAAUACACAAAACAUGAAAAUAUAUGCAAACAAACCGUUUUAAGAGUCAAGACAGACAUAUAUUUGGAGGAGGAAGGCAAAAUGCAGCUUCACUUGUGUAGCCAACCAUCCUUGCUCAGGUCUAUCUAAAAGGAUAAAAGUAACAUUUAAAUUAUGUAUUCAGAAUGCUAGAAUGUUAAACUCACUCUUUUAGAUUUUUUUUUUUUUUGUUUUGUUUUUUUACAAAGCAGAGAUCCAGGGCCUGAAACCAUCCAAUCUGCCUGCCAGGAAGACAGCCACUAGCGGUGGUUGUCCCUGCAAUUAAAACAUUGCCAUAUUUAUAUAAAAAACUGCAAUUUAGGACUAAAAUGUCAGGGGAACUGCAUCCAUACCUCACCCCACUUUCCUUUAAAGUUAUACUCUAGCUUAAAGGAACACUGGAGUUUGGAUUGUUAUUUAAUGUAUAUAUUUGCAUUCUAACUGUAUAAUAGCCAUAGUGACCUAUAUUGAAGGGCCUGAAAACAGACAAGCACUCCACUGCCCAAGUGGGCAAAAUUUAUAUACAAAACACUGUUUAGUAGAUAUGCCCAAAAUGAAUACAUACACUAGUUUUUCAUGCAUGUAUUCAUUUUGGCUUGUAUCUUAAAGGGACACUAUAGUCACCAGAACAACUACAGCUUAUUGCAUUUGUUCUGGUGAGUAGAAUCAUUACCUUCAGGCUUUUUGCUGUAAACACUGUCUUUGCAGUGUUUGCUUUACAGCCUAGGGAUAACUUCACUGGCCACUCCUCAGAUGGCUGUUAGAGAUCCUUCCUGGGUCAUGGCUUCCUAAAAUGCAUCCAAAUACUCAGUAUCUCCUCCCUUUGCAUGCAGACACUGAACUUUCCGCAAACGGAUUCAUUGAUUUGAUUCAAUUCAUCUCUAUGAGGAGAUGCUGAUUGGCCAGGGCUGUGUUUGAAUCAUGCUGGCUCUGCCCCAUAUGCCUCCUUGUCAGUCUCAGCCAAUCCUAUGAGGAAGCAAUGUGAUUAGAUCAGGCCACCACUCCUGAUGUCAGCAGACAGCUUGUUUUUCUGAGGCAAACAGCAUUCAGAUCUACAGCUUCAGGCUUGAAUACAGUAAGAUUUUUCUAUAUUUAUGGAGGCAUGAGGGGCCUAGAUGUUUGUGUUCCUGACCCUAUAGUGAUCCUUUAAGAGCUUGCAAAGCCUGCAGAACCUCUUGUAUAGCAGGUAAAUAGGAGGUAAAAUGAUACCUUGAUGUUAGAAUGGCAGGGGUAGAAUGGUAGCAAAUUGCUGCAAUUAUUAGGCACGAAACAUCACACUAUUCACUACAAGACGGGGUAGGAGAGAACACUAUAAGACAGGGGAGGAAGGGGGGAGGGGAGAACACUAUAAGACGGGGAGGAAGGGGGGGGAAGAACACUAAGACAGGGGAGGAAGGGGGGAGAACACUAUGGGACUGGGGAGGAAGAGGGAAAGAACACUAAAAAAGAGGGAGGGGAGAGGAACAUAAAGCGGGGGGACCACUAAAAGAAGGGAAGUUUUUCAUAUUAAAUUAAAUUCAUUAAAAAGUCGAAUAUUCCUGUGCUGGAGGAACUGCGGCCUCAGGGGUACGUACGCCCAUAUGUGGUGGGAGUGCCCUAAGAUCAGACUGUUUUGGAAAGAUGUUGGAGACAUAAUAGAGCAAGUUUUCCAGAGGCCCCCCCCCCUGGACCCAUGGAUAUACCUCAGGUCAAUAGAGGAUUGGCCGAGACAGGACCAGCGACUACUCCAUAAAAUUACGUUAGCCGCCCGUAGAGCUAUUGCACAACACUGGCUAAAAACCCAGCCACCUUCCAGAUCAGUGGUGAUAAGAUAAAAGACAACUGCCUCAUGGACGACCUUACUGCUAGGGUACAGGGUACGCAGGGGAGGUUUAAGAGAACUCGGGGGUUCUGGAAAGGGAGCCAAUUUGCAGACUGAGCGGGGUGCGGUUGGUGCGGGCCACUGCCCUCCUCACCUUCCUGCCCCUGCUGUCCCUUCCCGUCCCCCUCCUCCCCCGGCCCGCCUGCCUGGAGCUGGGGCAUCGCCCCUCCCUCCCUCUCAUGCUCUAUUACUAUCUUUUUCUUCCUCCAUCUCUCUUACUCUCUUUGGCCCCUGUUUCCUCAGGGGGCCCGCUAUCACACACAGAUAGCACCCAUAAGCAUAGAUCGCUUUAGGAAGCUAACAGCAGCCUUGUCACCCGGCUACAAAGGGCAUUUUAGUAGAGGGGGGGGUGGGGUAGAGGCGAAAACUGAACGGACAUAGAUAAUAGCACCAGUGACCAAUAAAGGGGAUUCAUACUAACGCUGUUGGAAGCACACAGCGCGACCCCCAUUAGCGAGAGGGAGCCAUUGUCCAGCCCCACCACCUGCGACUUCGAUCAUAACUACUCUUCAAAACCCAUAGCACAUAAUUGAAACGGCCUUAAUCCCAUAGCCCGUCUGAAGGGACGAACAGGCUAGGCUACUGGGCACGUAGUUAUAACCCACAAGGUCACUAGCCCUAUACCAGCUCAUGUGGACAGUCUCAAACAACCUUGGCUUGACCGCACGACUAAUGCAGACCCCUACUACGCAACACCACUAUCUGCAAGUUAACGUAAUAUCAAAACUGUGCCUCUGUUACAUGCUAUGUAUAUGUCUUUCCUUUUGUUGUUCCUAUUUUAUGCAAAUGUUGUCGUGGCGACACGACCUCCUGUAUCAUCUUGUGCACAGACAAAUAAAGAAUUUAAAAAAAUAUAGCUUUUAAAAAAAACUUUCAAAAAACAAAUAAUAAUUUGGGUAACAAAGUAAUUUUCGGCCUAAGGGCAUCCUGAAUUUUCGGUUUCGGUGCAUCCCUUAUCACAAUGGUGGAUCACUGGUAGAUUCCAAGAUGUUGUAGAACUGCAACUGACAAUGCUUUGACAAAGUGUAAUGGCAGAUGUAAUGUAGUCCUACGAUAUCUGGGAUUCUACAAUUUGUCCAGCCCAGCUCUAUAAUAAUACCUUUGUAAGGAUGCAAAAUAGUUAUGGCCCUCUCUCUCUCUGAUAUUUAUAAACAAAUAUUAGUCCUACCCUUUAACUCCCAUCAUUCCUGGGUUUCCAUAUAGACUACAGAAUUUGGAUCCAAUGUAUAAACAAAAUAAAUGAUAAAGUAACAGUACGUGAUCUCCAAUAUACACUUAAAACGUCAUUGUCAUGCUGAACUUACCUUUCUUUAAUCGAUUCCUCUUCUCUCCCUCUGUCAGGAUCUGUUCUUUGAAAGUAUGGACUACUUUUUCUUAUGGAGGUUUCCUACACUUGACCAGCAGAGGAGCAAAGUGUGCUUUGUUUACGGUGAUCAAAGCAAUUUUCCCACAAUUCUCACCUUUGAUCUGUGAUCUAGCGAUGCUUUCCAUCAGUAUUCCCAAACGUCCUGUCACUUAGACAGAACGCUGGCGAAACUACCGAAUUGCAUCCUAACAGAAAGAGAACAAUUUGUUUAUUCAUGUUAUGACGCAAUUUGGGACUUUGUUCGUAUCGGAAUUUCAUUCUAAUAAAUUAAACUCCGAUCCUAUUCCUGCCACGGCUGCAUCUUGCAGCCGCUUAGUAGAUGGCUCCCUAAUUCCCAUGGUAUCAGGGACCCAUCUACCAAAAGUCUGAAAGACCUAAAUUGGUCUUUCAGCCAAAUUUACUAAUACAAAGCAAAGAUUACUUAGUGUUAGUAAAUUCUGCCAGUACUCGCUAUACUGCGAGUAGGGACAUGUCUCACUGUUAGAAAGAAAAAAAACAAACCCUAGUGUCGCCCCUCCUGUGCCGCGCAAGUGGGGGCUAUUAAACUGAACAGGGACCUAUUGCGGCGGCUGUGGGCCCUAAAUGAAAAUGUUAACCCCCUCCAGGUGACUAGGGGUCCCCAAGCCCCUAGUCACCACCCUACCCAAAAAAAAUGAAUAAACCCCUACCUACCCCCCUCACCCUAAAAAUAGUGAGGGGGAACAAGAGAACUAAGUACCUGUAAAAACUAAAUAAAACUUACCAUUUGAUGUCUUUUUUCAGCCCCAAAAAGGCCAAAUAAAAGUCCAUAAUACCCGUUGCACUUUGAAAAUAACAUUAAAAAAAAAAAAAAAACUUUUUAUUUUUUUAGUUUAACAGUGAGCAGCUGUUUACUAGACAUGCCCCUACUCGCGGUAUAGCAAGUAGGGGCAGAUUUUACUAACACUAAGUAAUUUAUACUUAGUAUUAGUAGAUAGCUCCCUAAUUCCCACGUCAUUUGGGAGCUAUCUACCUAGCAGCUGCAAUAGGAUGAGAGUUUCAUUCAUUAGAAUGAAAUUCCGAUACGAACAAAGUCCCGAAUUACGUCCUAACAUGAAUUAACAAACUGUUCUCAUUCUGUUAGGACGCAAUUCGGUAGUUUCGCCGGCGUUCGGUCUAAGUGACAGGACAUUCGGGAAUACUGACAGGAAGCAUCGCAAUAUCAUGGAUCAAAGGUGAGAAUUGUUGGACAAUUGCUUUGAUCACCGCACUUUGCUCCACCGCUGGUCAGGUGUAGGAAACCUCCAUAAGACAAGGUAGUCCCUACUUUGUCUUAAAGAAAACUUGAGCAGACAGGAAGAAAUAAAGAACAGAUCCUGAGAGAGGGAGAGAAUAGGAAUCUAUUAAAGAAAGGUAAGUUCGGCAUGACAGUGCUGCUUUAACCCCUUAAGGACACAUGACAUGUGUGACAUGUCAUGAUUCCCUUUUAUUCCAGAAGUCUGGUCCUUAAGGGGUUAAAAUAGAUUUUUAAGUUCACCAGACAGCGUCUAAUCAAAUCUCCUGAGUGAGUCCUAGAUUAAUAUUUACCUUCUUUGUUUUCAGCUCAAAGACAAAAUCUGUAAUGAAAUCUUUUGUAGCAGUUGCAAAAUUUAAAGGACCACUACAGUGCCAGGAAAACAAACUUGUUUUCCUGGCACUAUAGUGCCCUGAGGGUGCCCCCACCCUCAGAGUCCCACUCCCGUGGCGCUCAACGGGGAGGAAGGGGUUAAUCCCUUACCUUUUUUCCAGCGCCGGGCUCCCUCGGCGCUGGGACUCUCCUCCCUCUUCUGACGUCACCGGCUGAAUGCGCAUGCACGGCAAGAGCCGCGCGUGCAUUCAGCCAGUCCAUAGGAAAGCAUUCUCAAUGAAUAUUAAUAAUAAAUAAGCAAUAAAUAUUGCUUAUUUUUUAUUGUAUUUUUUUUUAAAUUUAUAGUAUGUACUUUGUUUUUGUUUUAUUAGUCGUUUUCAUAUCGGUGCAACCUGUUUUUACUAUUAAAAUGUAUCGGAGAUAUUUGUUUUAAAAUACGUAUUCUUUUUAAAUAUAAUACAUUUUUGGAAGUCUCCUAGGGAUGCAAUCGAUCAUUGCCCGUGCAAUCCUAGAUUAAUUUUCCAUUUGCAUGUGCAUUUACACCCUUUUCUCAUAAGCAUCCUUGAACUGCCUGUUGUGCUUUAUUUGGAGAGAAAAAGAAUGAAAACUGCUCAAUGUUUUGAAUGCAAUAGUGAUUACAAUUUUUCAAUGGCAGGUAUAUGACAUUGUGCACACUUCUGGUAUAUAGUCUAUUAACCCCUUAAGGACACAUGACAUGUGUGACAUGUCAUGAUUCCCUUUUAUUCGAGAAGUUUGGUCCUUAAGGAGUCAAAGUGACUCUGGCACAUUCUGGGGUGUUUGCAUAAUUUGCAAAGACCUCUGACGGUGACUGCUCUGCUGCGUAUCCAGUGGCCCUGGAUGUAGGAUAAGGUGAGCAAUAAAACCAAAAAACUGACUUGUCUAGUUUUGUCACGUGUAGAAAAAAAAUAAAUAUCAAAGUCUUUACUUUCUCUUAGUAUAUCUUUCGGUGAUAUUUUAAUGAAAUACUCAUUUUGGAGGGUAGGGGAGGGAAGUGUCAGUGCCACUUUUAAGAACAUACAAAUACAAUCAGGAAGAUUAAGAUCUUUUCUGUUUUGUUGCAUACUAAAUAGAAGUAAUUGCUACUUUGUAUAUGUAUUCCUGACAAUAUAGUGACAAAAUAACUCCUUUAGGUCCCCAGCCUCCCUUUGAAAAAGGGAUUUUACGCACCUUUUCUCCACCUCCGAUGCUGGGAAGUCUUGAUGAUCUCUGCCAAUCCAAUGCUUUCCCAUAGGAAAAAACACCACGCUGCGCCAAUCAACAUCUCCUUAUAGAGAUGCAUUGAAUCAGUGCAUCUCUAUGGGGGAAAGUUCAGUGUAUCUAUGCAGAGUGUGGAUAUACUGAAUGCAGCUGCUACACACUAUGCAACACUGACCCAGGAAGCACCUUUGGUGGCCAUCUGACUGCCACUAGGUGAUAAUAGGCGGUAAUGUAAACACUAAAAACUAAUGGGGGAAAAAAGCUACUUGCACACUAUUCCAAAUCCCUAUGCAUAUAUAGAUAAAUGGAGGUUUUUAGGCCAUUAGAAUGUAAGCCCACCUGCCACGUCAAGGCAAACCUCUUAGGUGGGUCCUACACCAACAAUUCACCUUGAUUGCACUGUUUGCUCAUCCUCUUCAAUUAGCUAUAUAGUCUUUGAAAAAAAUGGUAACAAACAAGUCGUGUUGAGAUGUUUGUGGGGGCCCUGCAUGAUUUUAUUGCUUCUACUUAAAGGAACACUAAUAUUAAAAAUAAAUAUUUUUAAUGUUGGCAUAUUUCUUACUCUGUAUACAUGCGACCUGCCUACCUAUUUUCAAAAAAACAAAAAACACAAACAAUGCUGGUAAAAUCUUAGGUCAAAUCUAAUGCUUCUCAUAAAAGCAUUGUGGACCUGCAGUGCAUCCCUCUUGCCACUAAACAUGUCCACGGCUAAGCCAUAGUCCUGAUAGUUUUCACAAUAUGACCAUUUGUUUGCAACUCACGCCGUCCAUUGACAUUCAUUGAAUCUCCUUUCUAGCCACCUCAAAUUUGAAGGGCAAUUUCUAAACUGCGACUGUGCCUUCAUUGUUAAUAUUUCAGAGACAUACUAAAAUACGACCGUUUGAAGAUGGCAACCACCAGUGAAGUGAGCAAGUUGGAGCAGUUUGUUUUUAACCGCUCUUCUCUGCCCUAUUUGAAAUCUAUUAGUUCCUGUUGGCAGUUGGUGGGAUAUUCGAGGGAUUUUAAAGAUUUGAAAGCUCUUCUCUGCCCUUGCUGUAGAGUGAGUGAACCACACUCCAACCUUUCCACAGUUGCUCCAGCCACUCCAACCACACAACAGUUACUCAAGCCAUUCCACUCAGUUACUCCGCCCACUCCAGUUGUAGACUACUGGUGGAGGCAAGAACACUUCACACAAUUUCCCCAGAAAUUGUAGCUUCUCUAGUUUUACUGUAGGGCACCCACCCGCCGUUCAGGAGUUGGGGGCCGGGGGGGGGGAGCACUGGAGGGGGGGACUUUUUUUUUUUUUUUUUUUAAGUGAGCUGGCUGCUCACUGUUUAAUAGACAUGCCCCUACUCGCGGUAUAGCGAGUAGGGGCAUAAUUUACUAAUACUAAGUAAUCUUUACUUAGUAUUAGUAAAUUUGGCUGAAAGACCAGUUUAGGUCUUUCAGUCUUUUAGUAGAUAGCUCCCUAAUACCGUGGGAAUUAGGGAGUUAUCUACUUAUUAAGUAACUUACAUUUUAUAUGAAUGUAUGUUAUUUGAUUGUUGUAAGUGUUGCAAAUGCUUACAGCUGAAUCCUGGCUAUGUUUGUAUACUUUUUAUUUAAAAUUGUAUACAGUUUAACAUUCUUCAUUCUUCCACUGGGUAGGUAUAUUAGUUCUUAGGCAAUACUGUGCUUCGGAACUUCUACACUUUGGCACUUCAGCAACUUCGGAAAUUCGGUAACUUUGGGACUUCGACCAUUCGACAAUUCAUCUAUUCGGACAUUCAGAAGUACCCGAAUGUCCAAAUUCACAUUCGGACCGAAACAAAUUGCACAUGUCUAAUAAAUAGGUGCUAGUGGUUAUUGUAUUCGAUGAAUCACGAAACGUGUAAGGCUUUAUGGCAACCGCUAUUUUCGGGUUGGAGUAGAAUGCAGCCUUGGAACGCACGCCAAGAUCAGCAAAAUGGAUCUCGGCAGAUUACCUCCUCUCAGCCGGCCAGAGGGAGGAUUUCAUCUAACCAACGUGUCUCCAUAUCCUGCAGCCACAAAUUUUUCCAGAUAUGCCUGUUUGAUUUAAAUUUCUGUGAGUGUUUUUAUUCUUUUCUACAAUAAACCAAUUGUUUUAUAAAGAGCACUAUGGCUUCUCCAUUUCUUUUUCAGAAUACAGUGAAGAUCCAGUCAGUUUAGAUCUAUUACUGUGAUCUAUAAGUUAUUAUUAUUUCUCUGUACAGCUGUUCCAGCAAGAUACAACAUAGUGAGCUUUUCUUUUUUUCUAAUUGGAUUUUUUAUUUUCUCUCCAGCCGAAUAGUUUCUUUUUGUCUGGGAAAGAAUAAGGCUGUCCUAACUAUACGAUAAGGCCAGGGACUAAUGAAAGUAUUUAGAAAAUUGGGCAGACUAGAUGGGCCGAAUCUGCUGUCACAUUCUAUGUUUCUAUGUGUGGCAAUUUGCAUGAUUGCAGGGUAUUGGUUUUGUAUUUUAGAGUACUUAUUUAAAAUGAAGUCCUUACACUGAGCUAGCCAAUUCCAUGCUGCACAAGGUAUGAUAAAAAUAGAUGCCAGGUCAACCUCACUGAUCGGUGUAGACUCCUAACCUUUGCUUUGCCUUUUGUCACGUUCCAUGUCUAGUUCUAAACUUCAAAAUACUUCCAUAUUCAAACUUUUAAGAUAAUGCUGUCAAUUGCAUGUGUAAUAGCCUCCUGUGGCAGUUGACCACAAAAAAGGUUGAAUUUUAAAAUCAAGUAAUCAUGCAUUACAACUGCAUGAGUGUAAGCUAAAGGUAAUGAAACCCACGUAAAAAGCGGUUUGACAAAUCCCGGGCACCAGAACAAUUCUUAGUUCCAAUGGGCGACCUGUCUCUUGAUCUCUGUGCGCCGGGAGGUCACGCAGGGGAAUGACAAGUUGUCAGGGCACCAUGUGUCUAUUCGCCGCACGCCCAUUUCACAGAGUCGCCCGCAUCACCGCCCAUUCCCCUGCACUGGUCCACUGUAACCUGAUUGUGCUCAGUCCCACUAGACCCCAGAAAUGCCACCCUAGGAAACAGGAGGGUGGUUAAAAUAUGUAUUUUCUUUCGCUGUGUGUAGAUCUGUAUGUUUGCAUCUAUGAAUCUUUGUGUAUCUAUUUGAGUGUAUCAAAUAAUAAAUAAAAUACUUAUAUCAAUCUUGAUAAAAGGCUUUGCUACAUGCAGAGUUUGGAGACGCUGAAUAAAGGUGCUGCAUAGGACACACUUUAGUGGCUGUUUGAGUGACUGCCACUAGAGGUGUUACUAGGCUGUAAUGUAAAUACUGCCUUUUCUCUGAAAAUGUAGGGUUUACAUGGGAAAGCUUCCAGGAACAUGCUAUAGAUACCAGAACCACUACAUUAAGCUAUAGUGGUUCUGGUGACUAUAGUGUCCCUUUCAGAAUUUUAUUUUUGUCGUUGACAAAAACGGGCUCCUAGAUUCAAAGCAAAUUUGUGAAGCCCUGACAUAAAAUAUAAGUAAGGUAGAAUUAUAAAUAUUAUAAUGUCGUUUUUAGUUAUGAAUAUAAAAUGCUGCACUAGGAUUGGAACAGUACUAGUAGCAAAGGGGAAAUCUUUAUUUUAUAAUAAUACCAAUACCAUCCUGGUAUGUUUCUUAGUUUAGCAACUGUACCAAUAAAAAUGUAUAAACCUGUCAGAUUUAUAAAAAAAUAUAUAUUUUUCUCUUCUUCAUGUAGAAUUCGAUCCGCCACAACUUAUCACUUCACAGCAAAUUCAUCAAAGUUCACAAUGAGGCCACUGGUAAGAGUUCUUGGUGGAUGCUAAACCCAGAGGGAGGAAAGAGUGGCAAAGCUCCACGCCGAAGAGCAGCAUCCAUGGACAACAGCAGUAAACUAGUCAAAGUGCGAAACAAGGUAUCCAAGAAAAAGUCUCUAGUAACUGGUGAUCCUCCUGCUGGCAGUCCCAAUUCGCAACCCAUUAAGUGGUCUGGUAGCCCAUCAUCACGGAAUUCUGAAGAUCCUGAUGUAUGGACAAGCUUUCGCCCUCGUACCGGAUCUAAUGCUAGCAAUCUCAGUCUCCGUCUGUCCCCAAUUUUGACAGAGCAGGAUGAUGUGGCAGAUGAAGAGCUUCACUCCUCUCUCUCAUUCUCAAACAGUGUUCCCCCAACUGUCACAGAGGAGCUGGAACUAAUUGAUAGCCUCACUCUACUUACUUCAGGAGCACCACUCCCUCCUCCACAAUCAUUGCUUCAAGGAACAUCCAGUUUUGCUCUGCAUCCCCCUCAGGCCAUGUCUUUUGGUAAUUCCUUGUUCAAUCCUGUGGAGUCUUCUGCUGUGAGAGGUACUUCUGGUCACUUUCAACGGCCUCAGACUCUUGAAGCCCUCCUUACAUCUGAUUCUCCACCACCCAGCAAUGUGAUGUUGACACAGGUUGAUCCAGUGCUGGCUCAAAGCGGAGGGCAGAACCUAAUUAUGAUGAGCAAGGGUAGAACCCCAGACCAACCCUCUGUGCCACUGACCUCUUUAGUUCCACCUACCACACUUGCAAUGUUGGGGCUCCCUCCAGCUUCUUCAAUGCCGUCCCCAAAGCCAUCCUCUUUUGGUUUAUCUUCUGAACGGCUUCCAAAAGACUUAGAGAUGGACCUGUUUCUUGAAAACCUGGAGUGUGAUAUGGAAUACAUAAUCAAUAAUGACUUGAUGGAUGAGAGUGUCUUGGACUUCAAUUUUGAUCCCUCACACCCUGGAACAAAUCAAGGCAACAACCACAGUUGGGUGCCCAGCUAAAUACAGGUAUUAGUGAGUCAGAAAAAUAGAUGAAAGGGUUUGGGAUCAAUAUGAUAAUUCCAUGUAAGGGAAAAUGUAAAAAAAAGUGGAGUCACUGGGGGAUGUAAAAUUAUCCGGGUAUCUGAUUUAAAAGUGUAAUAUGUGUUGUAACCUCUGUUUUCUGUUCUGCAGAUUUCAUGAGCAAUCCACCAAAACAUUACGGUGGAUUUUAUGGUUUCUUUGAAGAUGGCUUCAAUGACAAGAUCUACUUACUCCAUUUGUCUCCAUGCACUGCUCAAGCUGCAGAAACACCUAAACAAGCUCCAUUCUUAGAUCAGCCACACAUACUUCCUCCCACUUAGUGCUGCAUAUGUUUAAAGCUGUAAGGCAGCUAAGGUAACAUCUGGAAUGAGACUUGCCUGUUUUCACUAACUGCAUUAGAAACCUUUCUAUGCUCUCUACCACAGACUGGGGAGGUUUAUUGAAAGUGCAGUGACUGGUAACUUGAGCCAUAUUUACAAAAUGAAGGAGAGCCCCGAAUAAAUACGUGGCAGCGUAAGAAAUCCCUGUUCAGUUAGUGUGCUUUCAAAUGGCAUUGGGCCUACCUUCAGCAAUGAAACCUGACUGCCAAACCUUGGUGGUCAUCUACGCUAUCAAGUUAAUGGUUUAUAGAACCUGUGCCACAAGACUUCUACCAUUGUGAUUAAACUCACCAGCAUUUAACCGAAGAGGAAUCCACUGUGUCCUGUACAAAUUCAUGGCACUUACCUCCUGUUUCAUGCUGUAAUUAAUGUCUCAUGGUGUGUAAGGAGCGGUGUAUAGAAAGGUGCAGGCACCGAACAUCAUCCAGACUAAGAUCGAACAAUUACUUAAGACGAUUCAGAAAUGUUAGUACAGGAACAUAGGAUUUUUUUUAUACUAAUUUUUGUAGCUGAUCAUAUAGGGUACUAUGUAAUUUUGCUAAAACACUAAAGAGAUGAAGUUAAAAGUGGAGGGUAAUUAGGUGCUCAGCUCUCCUCAGAAGGUUAUUUUUAUGGUUUUGGUCAUUUCUACUCCACCUCACUAUGCUGCAAUCUUUUUAACCUCUUGAGUGGCCUGCCGUUAUGUGUUAUGGAAUCUCUGAGAUGCAAACCAUUUGCUUUCUGAAAUUACAACACAAGUUUCAUUUUUUUUUCUUCAGCACUACAUUUUAGUGGUGUUAAGAAAAAAAAAAUAAUAGAAAAGACAUUUCCUGUUGUAAUGAGCCUGGGAGUGUUUAAAAUGAGGGCUAUUCGUGGUUUCAUGUGUUCUUGGUAAAAUUUAGGAUCCGUUUGUAAAUACAAGAACUGUUCCUAAGAUGUCAGACAUUUUGUAUCCAGUUUUAAACCUCUCAUACCUUAUCAUCUGCCUUUCUAUAUUUGUGUAUGCCUUAGCUCCCAAGAAGCAGAAAAAGCACUUCAGUGGGUACAGGGCUUUCAUGAGGAUAGUUUUGUAACUGACACUAAAUUCCCUGUGAUUUCUAGAAUUUCUUUUUUAUAAUGGCUUAUUUUGUUAGCAAGGUUUGUGGUGUUUAGAGUGAGCUUGUUCAAAGCUGCCAUUCGUUUUUCAGUUGUUGCAAUUGUGUGCUUUAUACCAAGGCAAAUUAAUUGCUUUGAAGCUACAGUGUCUAUAUACACUGUGUACAAUAUUAUUACAUAAGCUUUAUUUAGAAAGGACAGUUUGCAGCAAAAGAUGGCAUCCAUUGAUACAGAGGGCUAACCACACUGUGCUAUACCAGGUUGUCUUUUUGCAGAUUUUCCUGCACCUUGUUUAUCUUAAGUUCCAAAUUUUGGGAAAUGUUUUUAUCUAAAAUGAUACAGUUUAUAUAUUGUUGGCGCCUUUAUUUUCCCCUCGAUUAACUUUUCUUGAUCCUGUUUUUCUAUAAUUGCAUGUUAAUGAACACUCCUUAAGCUCCACCCUAACUGCAUUAACUAAUCCUCCCUGGCACCAACAUAAAUCAUGUGAUAAAUCACUAAUGUGUAACAUGUACUACUUGCUGUGGCUUAGUAAGUAGUAGCAUAUAAUUUCACCUGGAUACAAGUGAUAUUACUAUACCUAUAUUAAUAUAAAAUUUUAGAAUGAAAUCAAGCUGAUAAUUCUUUGAAAAAUAUGUAGAUGGUAUAAGAUUAUAUUUUGAACUCCAUUUUUUUUUUUAUAAAUAGAAAAUGAACAUUACUUAAUAGUUCUUAAAAAACAAAAAUCAAACCAAGUUUACACAUUUUAUUAUGAAAAGACUGUUUAUUAUUCAAUGACUGUGCCGUACUUUUUCAACAAAUCAGAGUCAUUUUGAAAAUGUAUAUAUAUUCAAGACUUACACACAUUUGAAUAAACAAGUAUUUUAAAAUAAAUAUAAACCUUUCCAAAAGAUGUGGUUAGAUUGCAAACUAGAAGUUAAGUCGACUUUAAUCAGUUUAUUUUAAUCUUUACAAGGAUACCAACCUCUGUUAAUUAGGUUUUCAUAGGAAAGGGACACCUCUGAGCACAUUGGAUAUAGUCUCCACUAUUUUAGUAAAAAGUAUCCAUUCAGUGGAAAAAUUCUUGAUGGCAAUGUGUGAGGUUUUAUAAUGCAUAUUACAUAUUUUACAGGAAAAAGGUAGAUUGUACAGAUAUACACAAAGAUAAAUAUGCAAAGAUAGACAAAUAUAUAGGUACAGAUUUAUGUAAGGAUACGUAUUAUAUAAAUGGAUAAGCAUUUCAAUAGAUAGAUCUACUUACAGAGAUAUAUAUAUAUAUAUACACACACACACAAAUGCUGAAUGUAAAUGUAGAUUAAGGUACAUGCAGAACUGGACAGAAGCCAUGAACUAUGGCUCCUGAUAUUGCAUUGCAGGCUGUCGAGGACAGGGGGUAGAGGGAGGCGGCAUUUAGAUCAAUGUCUUGGAAUCACUUUAGAACAGAUGGUUCCCUAGGCUGAAGGAUUUCCAGAGUAUUCACUAAACACGGAAUUAAUUAAGGAAUUGCAAGUGUUAAGGCAUCAUUAAGUGAGCUAUAAUAAAAAGGAGAAAGGAAAUGGAGAUUGUUUUUCAAAUCAACUUAUUAGUCUAAAAAAGGUGUAAUCAUUUUUUUCAAUUCCAGAAAAUGUUUGCUGAAUAAUUAUGUAUUGUUAUGGUGAACAUCCACUAAUGUAGUGGUUCAGCUUUUUCCUAUCUUCAGUAAUGAUUGUCUUGUUUCUAGCUUAAGGCUCUUGAGCUAUUCUAGUACCUCUCAGUUUCAUGCUUUAAGAGCCACCAACUCAAUAAGAGUCCAUGACACCGAAACAACCAAAUUGUUAGGCUCUUCAAGUGAUGUUUUACUAAUGUCGGCAGUAUAACUGUAUUGAGCUAAUUGGUUAUACAAAACAUGCCAAGAUGUGUAUGGACUAGAUUGUGAAGACCCAUUGGUAUUGAUAUCGGGUUAAGCAAGAGAUGGUGCUGCAGUUUUCAUUCUAAGAAGUGGGAAGCAAGGCAAGGUUUAUUAGAUAAGAAAUUGCUGCUGCUCUGGAAAUCUCUACUAAAUCUUUAAAGGAUUACUCUAAGUAUCAUAAUUACUGCAGGUCUCUAUAGUGAUUAUGAUGCUUGCUGUAUCCUGGCCCAAUUUCCCAGUAAAUAGGGUAAAUUGGUUUGUUACAGAGGGUCCUCUUACCUGGGUACCAUGUGUCCUAAGGCCAGUAACAACAUCCAGCUUCUGCAGAGCUGUGUCAGCUGACCACGCUCCUCCAAUAAAUUUAAUUAUGUGCAUAGAUAUAUGCACAGAAUGUACAAUAGCCAGCUGAGAACUCUUGUUCCUGGGCUGGCUAUUGACGCCCCAAUGACAUGGCCAGAGGUAGGGUAUCACCUCUGGCAGUAGAGGGGUUAAACGUCAUAUCGCUGAAGUGGUCAUGUUGCUUGGAGUAACCCAUUAAUGCCUGUGUGACUGCUUAGCCCAAAGUAUGGCCCUGGCAACCUCCUUUUGUGCGUUCCUUGGCUCAUAAAUUCAUCAUAAUGAUGUUCAUCAUUGGUACAUCUAGGAGCAGGGAUAAGUAACAUUUUGCACUCAAGAUGUUGUGGAUUACAUCUUGCAUAAUGCUCUUACAUCCUUAAUGCUGACAAAGCAUUAGAGGAGAUGUAGUCCACAAAGUCUGGCGUGUUGAAGGGUGCCAACACCUAAACUAGAGUGAAAUAUUUGGAUUUCAAAAUUCCCACUAGUGUGAAAAUAAUGAAUUGUGAGCAUAUAGAUUCCUUUGUCUUCCCAUGUGGGAAAAGGUGUUCUGGUACCCUACUACGCCAUCUGUUGAAGUACCAACAGCAUUUUUAAUAUUUUUUUUUAUAUAACAUUUUGCAGAGUAGUGAUUUUGUUACCUCUAAUGUCUAAUAUGGUACCGUGCCUGCUAAAACUGAUUUUCCGGCAUGGAAUAUAGAAGUAUAUGACAGGUUAGUGGAGUAUAAAGGUUUAAAGAUACUGAUGUCACAAACUUUGGUAUUGCCUUUUGUUUGAUAUAUUGUGAUAUUCUGCACCAGCAUUAAACCCUAUGGAAACUGAUCUUUUGCAUUACAUUGGGAAUUUUUAUACAUAGCAAAGUCACUUUCAGCCUCAUUUUAUGCUUAACACAUUGGGUGAAGCAAAGUUAGCAGAAUAAAAAUAAAUAAAUUCCGAUCACCUUUGCUCAUUUACCAGCAUACAUGCCAAAUUUUGCAAAUAUUUUUCAAAAAUGGUGAACAUUUUGCACGGUAGAAAGAAAUAUUCUUAAAGUGUACGUUUAGAAGAUAGUCAUAUUUGAGAAGUAUUAGCAGUAUCUGGCUGCGCAAAUAAACUCCUUCCCUUCCAACUCCAUGUGGAAUGUAUGCUAGUUUUCAUUUUUAUAAAACCAGAACUGCAAAAAAAUAAAUAAAUAACAUACACAAUAGUUUAUUAUUCUACGAGUUAGACAUCUGGACAAGUCUUUAGAAGACAGGGAGCACUACAUUUUUUUUUUACAUCAGUACAUACUAAAAGUGGGUUAUUAAAACGUAUGCUUGUCAAGAAACAUAAGCAGUUGUGGGGUGUGAACACCAGAUAUUUAGCUAUAGUGUACAAAAGUUGUGUGUGAACAAUGUUACACCUGCAGCAGAAACAUAACUCAGUAAUGCAACUAUCAAAUUGCUAAAUUACAGCAUAAGAUGCCUUAAACAUUUAACCCAUUGGACAUGUUUGCAUUUUGUAGUGUUACAACCUGGAAUUAAAAUUGAUUUUAUUAUGAUUUUUACUCUUUGAUUAACACAACAUACCCAACACUUGGAAAGUGAAAACAUUUUUAUAUUCAUUGUUGCAACAUCAUUAAGAAAAAUAUAUACUAAUUUAAUUUGUUGCAGUGGCAACGCCUUUCUCAUCAAAUUGGGAUACGUUCACACCAGACUGCAAGAUGGUGAGAC